AGAAAAGCAUUAAUUAAAAAAGAAGUUUGAAUAAUAGAGAGCGGAUAAAGAUAAAGGCAGAGGGAAAACUGGAAAAAGAAAAGCGAAAGGGUAGAGGGAGAGGGAGCACGUCAGGGGCACACGGCCCCACCUUCUUUAAGACACGUCCGUCCCCGAGAAAUUCCCUCCUAAAGUCGCACGCCUCUUCUCCCCCACCCUCUCUCUCUCUCUCUCUCGCUGUAAAUCAGAAGUCGCCUUUACACAUCAAAUCUCCAUUACCCACCUCUGCAGUUAUGGCCUUCGUCGCUCUGUUUUCCCACCAACACCCCCUCUUCUUCCUCCACCACUACCUCACCUCCUAUCUCUCUGUUUCUCUCCUUUUUCGGGCAAGAAUCUCUCUGUCAAUAUCGCAAACCACCUAAAAUCGAAUUCGCAGGCAGAUGGGUUAUCUCUCUUGCAAUGCAGAGGCUGCUAUUGCCACCUGCGAUCCCUACAACUGGGACCGGAAAAAGAAACAAAAAAAUCGAAAUAGAGCAGCUGACAAACCUUUCGAGAUCAGGGAGUUCUCCACUGCCGAGCUCGAAUCCGCCUCCAACGGUUUCUCCGCGGAGAGCUUCCUCGGUAAAGGCAGUCACGGCAGAGUGUACAGAGCCGUUCUCGACGGCGGACGCCUCGUCGCCGCCGUCAAAAGGACCACCCGAUCCAAACCCCACAAAAGCAAUCAGAAUAUCCACAAUCCGGCGGAGAACGAGAUCGAGAUCCUCUCGAGGGUUCGGAAUCCGAGACUGGUUAAUCUGCUUGGGUUCGGCGUCGAUUCGGAGGAGAAGCUGAUCGUGGUCGAGUUCAUGCCGAACGGGUCUCUCUACGAUCAGGUUCACCGUGCUUCUAGGCCGCCCGGGUGGACCCGGCGGGUCCGGUUCGCGCUGCAGAUAGCGAAAGCCGUGGAGUCGCUUCACUCGGCGAACCCGCCGGUCAUUCACAGAGACAUCAAGUCGUCGAACAUCUUGCUCGACGAACACUGGAACGCGAAGCUCGGUGACUUCGGGCUAGCCCUGAGGGGACACGUGGAGGACGUGCGGGUCAGGUGCACGCCACCCGCGGGAACGUUAGGGUACCUCGACCCGAGCUAUCUUGCGCCGGGGGAUCUCAGUACCAAGAGCGACGUUUUCAGUUUCGGGAUCUUGCUUCUAGAGGUGGUCAGCGGCCGGAACGCCAUCGACCUGAACUACAGCCCGCCGUCACUGGUGGACUGGGCGGCGCCGCUGAUCAAGCGCGGCGAGUUCGCCGCGAUUUGCGACCCUCACGUCGGUCCGCCGGCGGACCCGGGCGUGAUCCAGCAGCUGGCUUUGCUGGCGUCCCGGUGCGUCCGAUCAACUGCGGACAAGCGGCCGUCGAUGGCGGAGGUGGCGGAGUGCCUCAGAAUCAUCGAUAAGAGGGUGCGAGCGCCGGUUUGGAACAGUGUGAGGCGGCGGGUGGAGCGCGUGAGAAAUGCGUCGCCGGUGAUUACGCGGGAGGUUCUCGAUGGGAGUGAAGUAGUGGUGAAGGCCUCGAAAAUUGGAGGCAGGAGGAGCAGGAAGGUAUCCAGUGUUCCAAUCCUAGAAUAUGGUAAGGGCGAACGGGUUUGUUUGGGCGGUGAUCGGGUGGGUCGGUCGAGAUCAAUCGGGUACGCAGGCGAGACUAAAGUCGGGUCGGGUAUAAAUUUAAAUGAGUGUGGGAAUGGGGGACCGUCGAGUGGGGUGACGGUGAAGUUGCCAGUGGUCAGGCUGAGGAAAUCGAGAUCGAUGGGUGCGUUGGAAAGGCCACGAAUGGUGACCUGUAACAAUGAUAAGGUUGUGAUUCGGGUCGUGAAAGGCCCACGUCUUGAGGAACUCGACGGGCGCAAAUUGUUGGCGAGUGUCAAGAGAGCGCCCAAGAAGGAGGCGCAUGAGGGAGAGGGAGAGGGAGAGGGAGAUUUGAUGGGAAUUGAAUGGAGAAGAUGAGGGUAAUUCUAUGUUGUAGCAUUAUAUAUUUAUUCAUUUUAGGGAAAAAAAAAAUGCACUUUUAUGAUGUAGCAUCCCAUGGAGUGGUGAGUGUUUUAUAAAAACAUUAAUAUCUAAAUGAAAUAAAUUCAAUUGUAUCACAGUAGGUGGAAUAGAUAUAUAGAUUUACAUCCAGUUGGCUUUCA